AUGGAGGAGCUAAGUGUCAUGAUGUGGCGGACUAAUCUUGCAGACGGUGUUGCGAUCAACAACGAGGCUAACAUUACUCCUGUCGGUAAUCCUCAACCGACCCUGGCGUACAGCCUAACCCGCGCUAUUCCGGAAUGCGGGAACGAUUCUACUCGCGUCAACAAUCUCGCUAGUCUUUUUCUUCGCCAUAUAAACGGUGAACAUCAGUUCACGCGUUAUAAGACGACUGAACCGUUCUCCAGUUACCCCGACGAGCAGGCCGAUCUACUAUUCCUCCAUUCGGCGAUGUUAGCAGCUGGAGCGACAUUUGAGCAUCAGCCGGACUCACUGGAAGUGAGCAAUCAAUUUGCGGAGCUGAGUGAGAGUUUAGUCUUCACAUGCUUCAAGAAUGCACCAUCUAUCCACAUUAUCCAGGGUCUCUGUAUCCUGUCAUGGCGGUCUCUCGCGCUGGGGCACGAUCAUAUUGGGUGGGCAUUCCUUUCUAUGGCUGCGGGACUGGCUGUGCAUCUUAAGCUACAUGUUCUGGUUUUAGAUGAGGUUGCAUCACAACAUCUGAAGCCAACAAUAGCCAGUGCACAAGCCUUUUGGUCUUUUUACAUGACUGAUCGCACAUCAAUCUCCAUACUAGGGAGAAAUUGUAUCCUUCCGUGGCGUCGCGUGAAUGUGCCUACGAUCGAUGCAUUUUUCUCUGAAGGAGAGGGAGAUCUUACCGAACUCUCCUUUGCAUGGCAGUGUAAAUUGUGGUACAUGCACGACCAGAAUAUGGAUCAGAUAUUCUCGUCCUCCUUCGAGAAGUGCAGUGUUUCCGAUCAAGUCGCUCUUCUCAUUUCGAUGCAUGAAACUCUAAAUCGAUUCAUGAAGUUGCGAGAUUCGCGGCUCGAUCUUGGUCGCGGGGUUACUCCAAAGCCUGUAUUGCUUUUUCAUAUGGCAUACCAAAUGACCCUUUUGAUAACCAUGCCUCCGUUCCUUCGACUGUUUGCCCUGGCCCGAACUGAGGGGCAGGUAUCACAUGCAAGACCUCUUGUUCUGCAAUCUAUCACGUCUGCUGCUUCAUCCAUGAUCCAGCUUGUGCAAAACUAUUGCAAGUGGUAUGGAUUUGAACAUGCAAAUCCUCUUCUGAUACAUCAUCUUCUCAGUGCAUCCAUCGUGCAUUUGAUGAAUACAACGACAAAAAUACCUACAUUCCGACGCUACAGUACUCGAUCAGUGAGAAAAUGUCUGACACUACUACAUGAACUGGGCCGGUAUUGGGAGCUUCGAUCACAAAAGAGCAUAAACGCAAUCAAAACAUUAGCCCAACGCUGGAAGGUGGAAGACGUGUUGCUACCUGAUGAGAACUUCGAUCUCAGUGAUGGAAAUGGCGGCGCAUUAGAUCAUAUACCGCCGUUUGUGGGGAGUUUCGAUUCAAGUCCUUCGAACGCUGGUCAAACGGCACAGCAGAGUUUUGAUGCUCCUCACUUUUCUCGCUUUCACCCAGAACUCGAUAGUGGCCUUCCAGAUGACACAGAGCAGCAAUAUGAUCUUUCUAUUAUGGAUCUACCUGCAUCAGGUGACGACCACUUCGGUCUUUCGUCGUUCUUCCCUAAUUUUGGCGAAGUUGGUGAUUUAUUCUGGAACUCUGAGUGCUAG